AUGGUCACUCCUGGUGUGGAUUGCCCGAACAAGGUCAGCCACGAAGAAAUCGGUUUGGCCACAGUCACAGCUCUUCGCCGAGGAGUCCCAGCUAUUGUCCCCAGUAUCACAUUCCUUUCUGGUGAUCAAUCCGAACUGGAUGCAACGAUA